GCAUAUUGUCACACUCUAAUUUUGUGACAUCAGUCUGUGUUUACAAUGAAAGGGUGGUAGAACUCGAAGAACAUCGUGUGAUUUUACCAACACGAAAGGCACCAGGAUGACUAUUUACAACAUGUACAUGUUUGAUCGAAACGGAACUUGUUUGUUUUACCAGGAAUGGCAAAGAAGGAAGGACUCGCAAUUAUCAAAGGACGAGGAAUUCAAGCUUACAUAUGGAAUGCUUUUCUCCUUGAAGUCAUUUGUCAGCCGCAUAUCACCAGUUGAUCCAAAGGACAAUUUUGUAAGCUACAAAACAAACAGAUACAAGUUUCAUUUGUAUGAAACCCCUACUGGUGUUAAAAUCUUAAUGAACACGGAUAUAAAUGUUACAAACAUCAACGAGUAUCUUCACUAUAUUUACAUGCUUUAUGUGGAUGUUGUUAUCAAGAGUCCUGUCAGUGAAAUUGGAGAGCCCAUAGAAUCAGAGCUGUUUUCAUCAAGCCUAAAUAAUUACAUCCAAUCUCUUCCUAUCUAUCAAUAGAUUUUGCAAAAUGAAUUGCAGCUAAUUAUCUUAUGCAAAUAUCAUUGUAUUGUAGUCUUAUGUAGAAUAUUGGAAUUUGUAAAUAUCAGUAUGUAGCUAAAUAUCAGUUCUCAGAAUUGAAUAUUUGUUGCAUUGAAUUUGAAUUGUAUCUUUUUCCAUUUUCCCCCCACGUUUUUCUAUUUUUGCUAGCUCUUUACUUCCUUAAACAUUAGAUAACUGAUACUGACACUUAUUUAUUCCUGACAUGCAUCAUAAUUCAUAACAACACUUCAAUGGAGAAAUGAAGUUGAAAAUAAAUGGUCAAGUAAUGCCUAGUCUAAACUUCCUCCCUCUUUUGUGGUUCAUUCCACGUUUCGCGUGUAAACAAAGGUUCCUGUAACUACUAGGUUGCUGAGAGAAGUUGAAUGAU